AUGGCUGAUGAGAAGACCUUCCGAAUCGGUUUCAUCGUGCUGGGCCUUUUCCUGCUCUCCCUGGGCACCUUCCUUAUGAGCCACGAUCGACCCCAGGUCUACGGUACCUUCUAUGCCAUGGGCAGCAUCAUGGUGAUUGGGGGUGUCCUCUGGAGCAUGUGCCAAUGCUAUCCUAAGAUCACCUUUGUGCCUGCAGACUCUGAGUUCCAGGGUAUCUUGUCCCCAAAGGCCCUGAGCCUGCUGGAGACCGGGCUUUCAGAGGCCAAGAGCCCCCAACCCCCGUACGUCAGGCUGUGGGAAGAAGCUGCCUAUGACCAGAGCCUCCCAGACUUCACUCACAUCCAAAUGAAGGUCAUGGGCUACAGUGAGGACCCCAGGCCGCUGCUGGCCCCCGAGCUGAAGACAGGAGGCAGCAGUGUCAGGGAAGGCCAGCCUCAUACUGCUCAGGCCUGGGUGGAGGCUCCGGUGGUCGUCCAUAGAGGGCUGGAGGAGACCGAGGAAGAGACCUGUUCUCAGAGCAGCCCUCCAGCGCAUCCCCAAGGCUCUGCACCCCUGGCCUCAUUCCAUGAGGACCUGGACGUGGGCUCCAGCGAAGGCAGCAGUCCUCACCCAUCGCCCGACAGUGAUGAACCACACCCAGAGGUGCCCUGGGCCAGCAGGGGUCCACUGGAUCGCUUCAGUGAUUUUGCUCUAAUUGAUGACACUCCUGCCUCAGAGGACAUGGUCCUGGAGGGGCAGAGACAGGAAGCAGCUCUACCCAGCAAGCAGCGAUGGUCCCUGAGGAUGAAGGGGCAGACUGUCCAGGCAGGGGCAGAAGAACCAGAGCAGGAGGAGGAAGACCUGUACUACGGGCUGCCAGACAGCCCUGGGGACCCCCUCCCCGACAAAGAGCUGGGCUUCGAGCCUGAUGUCCAGGGCUGA